UUUACGGUGGAGCAUGGCGUCCCUCAGAUGAGCUCUCUGAAGGACUGAGAGACGUAAAGGAUAAUUUAGAUAUUUGGACCGCAGCCCACAGUGAAGCCUGUUCUCCCUCCUUCCUCCUCAGGCAGACGCAGGACAAGUGUUCAUUGCGUUCAGGGCCAGGUGGGGAGGACCAGCCAUCAGGACACACCAUGGCGGCGCAGGGAGGCAUCAAGAUCCAGGAGAAGGUCAGCAGGCUGCUCAGCAGACAAAACGGGAAACCGGUGCUGAAACCCAACAGGACGUUGGCUCUGAGAGAUGCUGUAGCCAACCGCAAACUUCAGAAAGGAGAGGCCUCCUGUAUCACGGAGAUGUCCGUGCUGAUGGCCUGUUGGAAGUUGAACCACUUUGUGGACGGUCUGUGCUCUAGUGAGAUCGACACAUUCUAUACCUGUGUGAAGGAGGCUCAGGCAGCUGCGAAGAAUAAAUCGGACCUCAACAGCACACAGGGAGGACGUCUGCAUCCAAAACUAGCCACAACCUUGUUGAAGAGAUAUCCUAACCUGUGUUCUGAGGGCUAGGAAGCCAGCUCCAAAGCAUUUGUUGUUUUGACUUGAUAUGCAGGAGCCCACAGGACUGAGUUCUCAAACUGGAUUUCACUGUUUUAAAGUGUUCAGAGUUGUCAUUGUUUAAUAAACAUCUAUUGAAUUGCACGGAGCAGACCAGGCUGGUUAGAACACAAACUCACUGAUCCUCUCUUUCAGCAUGUGAAUCUUUUUAGGUUAUUCGAUUUUUCGAUUAUUUUAAACUCAAUUAUUAUGUACCAGUGUUCUGGUAAAGCUUUUGUGUUCACAACACACUGGCUUGAAAUAUAAUGUGACUUUCUCUUGUGUCCUGAAUUGACUUUGAACGAUCUCAUUCAGUGCAGAGAUGUGAUUAGUGGAUGUGAUGCAAUUAUUCUUCUUCAGUUUCAUGGCUCCUAUCCGGGAACUUAUCACUGAACACUUAAAUGCCUCCUUGCUCUUGUGGAAGCUGAUACUGCUGGUAAACAGAUGCUGACCUAAAAUGUGCCUCUCACUCAGACAGUGUUACACAGACAGUUACCUGUAAGCAAAGGUUAUUGAAGAUCAUUGGUUCUCAAAGUGGGGGGCGCGAACACUCUCCAGUGGGGGCGCGAUUUCACAGACAGAGAAAAAAAAAAGGCUUUUAAAGACUGACUGCGCUCAAAACUAAAUAUCGCAAGCGCGCACAGAUCGAGGAUGACCUGAGGAUAUGUUUGUCAAACAUUGCCCCAAGAUUUGAGGACCUUUGCAAGGCAAAGCAGGCUCAUGUCUCACAUUAACAGACCUGCAAAAAUGUUUUUAAAGAUCACAAGAGGACCAUAAUAAUAACAGUAUCCUAAUGAUAGCAAUAAUAACACUUAUUAUUAUCAUUAAUUAUAUUAUAAUAAUAUAAUGAUGGUGAUAAUGAUGGUGAUAAUAAUGUUUAUUAUUAUAAGAAAGCAUGCAGGGUCACAGCUGCUUAUAUUAAUAACCUACUACUACUGAUCAUAAUAAUAAAAACAUUAAUAAUAAAUAGUAAAAUAGUAAUAAUAAUUGUCUGUUUGGGCCUAACAAUAGCCUAACCUUGACAUGUCAGGCCUAUAAAUUACACUAUGCUAUAUCUAUUUAUCUAUCUAUCUUUAUAUGGUGGUGUAGUUGAGGGUGGGGGGGCCCAUCCCUAACCAGCUUUGGGGGGGGCCCAGCUUGCAAAAGUUUGAGAACCCCUGGUGUAGAUGAUGCACUUUCUGGUACAGAAGAUAGAGUAGAUUAGUAGAUUUUAAACAAACCAUAAAUAUGUGCCUUUUAUGCUCUGCAUGUUUCCCAGGGCCAUAAUCUUUAUUCACUAAUGUCAAGCUUAAGUUUUAAAUCUGUGGUGUGGUAACAUACGCAUGUGACAAAAUAUAGUAUUCUCCAAAAA